AUGAGCCGUAGAAGGGCCACCUCUAGCUACUCCUUACCGCCCAUCAGUAGAAAUGGCCUUUCUGCUUCGUUUAGGUAAUUGAUUGUUGUUUGCAACUAUAAUAUAUGCAGAGAUAUAAAUGUGAAUAUGAAACGAGGCUGUUUGAUAAAGUUUAUUUUGUUGGUUUUGGGUGAAAGGUAUUCGUAUUUUACUUUCGAUCAAGGAAAUGCUGUUGUUCUAAUAGUUCAGGCAAUUUACAAGUCAAAUCUGUUUUUGAUUUAUCCUUAUUACAACUUAUUUCGUACAAUUUUGGUUGAAAGUUAUGAGGUAUUCUAGAACAGGCCAUUAAAUUAAGUUUUUUGUUAUAGUUGGCAAAUCUCUGAAAGAUCUUUUCGUACAAUCGAUAUCUUUAAGAUACAACGAUCAGAAUCCGCUGACGUCGAUACGUGCCCUCCAGUCCGACCUGAAUCGUGUAGAACGUCGUAGCAAUGACGUCAACAAGGUAAUGUCCGCCUCUUACUUCAACCCCAAAAUGUUUAGUCCCAGUUGGCUUCGGAAGCGAAACUAAUCUUGGAGCGGGCUGAACGGGAAAUUAAUAAGAUUCAGAAACGCCGUACGGAAGCACUGCUUCAGGGCGAUACUAUCAAUUCGGACAGGCUUUCCCGUCUCAUGCAGAGAAUCUACGCCGACGCCGUUAGGUCCGCUCGGGUGGAGAGGGUUCUGGAUGAGGUUACGUAGCUAUUCGAUUAGUACCUAAUACUAAACGUUGUAAACAGUUGAUACGUGCAUUUCGAAACAAAUUCAAAAUAGAUUUCAAAUUUCAAAAAUAGAAAAAUACAAAAACAAAAUUUGUCGUUUUAUUUAUCAGAUGUACCAUUAUCUUUGAUUUGAUCACAAAUGGAUGCAAUACACCUUACUCUUACAGACUUAUUAUGUUAUCUUUUACAGCCAUCACGUCGUCUCCAAAGCUACGAUCGUUAUGACUCCAGGCUUCCGGCUGCUACUGAUCGUUUCAGACGAAGACCCAGAGUUGUAACACCUCCACCAGAUUACUACCGAGAAUACGUAAACGACAGAACCGCUCCUCCAUCGAGCUACACAAACUUCAGAUCUCCAUGGAGAUUAUCGUCACCGCCCGAGAAUCGCGAAGAACGGGGUUUCAGAAGGGCCAGAAACAAAAGCAGGCGACGAGCUCGGACUACAGAACGCCUCCAAUACACCUCCAAUUCAGAAGCCGAGAUAAAGAACAUACGACGGAACAAGCGACUGAAGGAUGUUAAACUACCCAAGACAGCCGAUGUCAUCAAGGAGAUUCCAGUCACAGGACAGAGUCAAUUAUACCCUGUGCCAGAUCCCGGGGAAACCAAGUACAUCUUCAAAAAUUAAAAUUUAAACCUUGUUAUCUAUGAACGUCUAAAAUUAAAUUUCAAACCUUAAACCCCAGUACAAGACGACCCUAUGUUAAUAUAUAAUUUCAGUUUAUGUCCCCAGUGCUACGAACGGAACGAUGCCUUUGCAACAGAAGCCAACCUAAAACAACAUUGGUUGUAUCAAUGUCCUGUUCUGACCGAAUGUGACUUCUGUGAUCAAGUAUUACAUGUGGCAGAGCUGAAUAAUCACCAUAUAAACCUAUGUCAAUUUGUCAACAAGACCAUGUUACCGUGCCCAUUGUGUGGACUAGCGCAGUAUGGUGGAGAGAGUAAUCAUCCUAGAUGUCCAAGUACGUUUCGAUAUUUCUUAUCCUAAACUUAACACAUGGGACACUUCUUAUAUCGUAGUACAUGUCUGAUACUAUGUUACUUUCCCGGUCAAUCCAUUAAUUCUUUUGUUUCUCUUAGUUACCCAAGAACAAACUUUAAAAUGUUGUGACUAACUACCUCAUAAGUUACUUUUGAAUUUUAAGAAGCACACCCGGAGCCGGGCGCAGCCUGGUGUCCCCUGUGUUCGAAGAAUGUAGAAUCCUUUACAUCGCCAGAAUCCUGGAGAAAUCAUUUAAUCGGAAAUUGCUUGAACAAUCCCAGAAUACGAAGCAGAUGGAAUGGCAAGACUGCACCAACGUAAACAAUAUUAUAAUUAAGCUAUAUCAUUAACAACAACGGAAAGUAAUCUAGGUAUUUCAGACAAGGCGCGGCAUUACUAACUGGACUAAACUUGGAUGUAAGUACGAGCUGUAGACUUAUACAACGUAUUUUUGAAGAUAUUGUUGUAGAUACACAUUUAGGAAUAUUAUAAAAAAUUGUUGGAGAAUGAUUAAGUGUACACGCAUAUUGUAGUAGAUAUAUUGGAGUUGACUGUUUUACAAACUGUAUUUACCCGUUUUUCAGCCGUCUUCCAAUAUCCCAGCUGUUCCAAUUAAUCCUGCACCAGUUCCUACUACAUUAGCAACAGUACCAGGCACAGUACCCGUCAAUGGACCUUCCUUCCCACCUUUAUCAACCAAUCCAGGCCAGUUUGGAGCACUUACGACGUUAAACGCAACCCAAGGGCUGACACAAAACCAGCAAGAGACUAGUCCAGUCAAUGGUCAGAACCUGAGGAGUGCUUACCGAAGACUUCAGGAAGAACGGAAGCAAGACUACGAGAAACAACAGGAAAGAGAAGCGGCCGAGGAAGAAGUGAAGGAGGAGGAGGAUCAUUAG